CUCCACGAGCCGGGUCUGCUUCCAUUUGCCGUGGUGCUGCACCUCUCCAGUCCCUGCCUUCUCCUCCUCUUCGCCUUGGAUCCUGUCUUCUCCUCCUCCCACACAGGUCACGUAUGUUUGGAGAAAUAUGUAGGUCAGUGGAACAUUUCCUGCACAGCUGACACCCCUGCACCAGACUUGUAUUAUUCCUGACCCAAUUCCACAGCGAGCAGACACCCACACACUCUGCCUACUAGCAGCACCCCCUCUAUUUCCAGUUGUUGCCAUAUGUCAGCUGGCCACCCACUCAGUGGGUAACAUGCCCUUGGCUGGCACAAGGACCAUCACUUUGUAGAAAUGCCGCCUGUACCUGGGAUUUGUCACAUUGCUACACUAAGCAGAGAUAUCAUUGCGAGGAGUGGAGGAUCGUGCAUAUCGCUGCAGGAGCUGGCACUACCGCGCCUGGCAUGCGGCGCCCGCUCUCACCAUGAGAUACAGAGGCAAAACCAGUAAAAGCCACGGGACCCCCGACUCCAGCAGCCACACGUUAUCACCCGGGGAAGCGAGGAGCCGCUGCCGGUCGCCUGCCCCUCAGCUCGCCUCUGCGGACAGCAGCACAGUCAGCCCGCAGCACCACGCAAAGUGGAAGCCCCAAACUGCCCAGCGUCCAGAACAGAGCGGAGCGGGCAGGAAUAGCUGCGCAGAGAAGCUAAUGGAUGGCGAUGAGAAAGAUAGGGUGAAGAGGGCUUUACGUAACAGAUCUGAGAAAAAGAGGCGUGACCAGUUCAAUGUACUUAUCAAAGAGCUCAGCUCCAUGCUCCCUGGGAAUGACCACAAGAUGGACAAAACCACUGUGCUGGAAAAAGUUAUUGGAUUUCUACAGAAACACAAUGAUAAGAGUGACAAGUUCUUCUCAGCAAACUAUCCACAUAGAAAAUUUACAGCUGAGACAGAGGGCAGUGAUAUUCAUCCAGACUGGAAGCCAUCAUUUCUUACUAAUGAAGAAUUUACCCAGUUGAUGCUGGAGGCACUUGAUGGCUUUAUUAUAGUGGUUACAACAGAUGGGAGUAUAAUCUAUGUCUCUGAUAGUGUCACACCAUUACUUGGGCAUUUACCAUCAGACAUCUUGGAUCAAAAUCUGUUGAAUUUUUUACCAGAACAAGAACAUUCUGACAUCUAUAAAAUUCUGUCUUCACCCAUGUUUGUAACAGACUCUACAGCAAUCAGUUAUUUGAAUGCUGAGAAUGAUUUGGAAUUUUGCUGUCAUCUUUUGAGAGGAACUCUAAAUCACAAAGAAAUUCCAACAUAUGAAUAUAUAAAGUUUAUAGGAAACUUUCGUUCCUGUACUAACAUGCCUCUUUCUUCAUGUAACGGCUUUGAAGGGGCUGUUUCCAGAACAUACAGGGCACAGCUUGGCAAACAGGUCUACUUCAUUGCUACAGUUCGACUUGCAACACCACAAUUCUUAAAGGAAAUUUGUACUGUUGAGGAAUCAUUUGAAGAAUUUACAUCAAGGCAUAGUCUUGAGUGGAAAUUUCUAUCUCUUGACCACAGGGCUCCACCAAUCAUAGGAUACUUACCUUUUGAAGUUCUUGGCACAUCAGGAUAUGACUACUAUCAUGUAGAUGACCUAGAGAUAUUAGCCAAGUGUCACGAACAUUUAAUGCAAUUUGGAAAAGGAAAGUCUUGCUGUUAUCGGUUUCUUACCAAAGGUCAACAAUGGAUCUGGCUUCAGACUCAUUACUAUAUUACUUACCAUCAGUGGAAUUCCAAGCCUGAGUUUAUUGUAUGCACACAUUCUGUUGUGAGUUCUGCAGAUGUUCGAGUGGAAAGGAGACAAAAAAUGAAUAAGGAUAAUACCUCAUCAAAAGCCAUUGUCACAGCCACACUAAAGGACAAAAGCCUAAGCGUGGACAGUGAAAAGCAUUUUAAUAUGCUCAACGUUAGUGCCUCACAACUCAGUCGCAGUUGUUCCCCCUCUGUUUCCUCAAGAAGUUCACAUAAACCUUCUCAAACUGCAGAACCUGCAUCAACACCUACAAAGCAGUCCUCAGACGUUAAGUCAUUUGAACCAGUUUCUGGUAGGCAGCAUGAUGUUCAACUUCAAAGAAUGAAUCGGCUCAGCCCAGUCCAGACCUCAGUACUAGCUCAACAAUGUGAUAUCCAGCAACAGUUGGUGCAGGAAAAUCCACUGCAAAGCGAGCAAGCUCCAAUUUUCCAGUUUUCUGCACAUGGCAUGCUCCAGACCAUCAAAACUCAGCUGGAACAGAGGAGACUGAAUAUCCAGGCCAACAUACGGUGGCAGCAGGAAGAGCUUCAAAAGAUCCAGGAGCAGCUCAGUGUGGUUCAGGACCCUAAUUUACAGAAGUUUCACCAGCCUCAGGUUGUUUCUGUGAGCCUUAACCAUGUACAGCAGAGCGAUCCCCAGCAAGAAGGAAUCCAUCUGAGAUCUGGAAUGAUACCUCAGCAACACCAAAUUCUGUUCACUUCUUCGCCUCUUGGGCAGAUGCCAUCCUCUCAAAUGGUAAACCAGCAUCUGGUACCACCUGCUUCAGUGAUGAGGGAUGGCGAUGUCAUAUCCUGCAAGGGACCGAAACCUUUCAGAAGCAUGUCUGGGGUAUCAAGAAGUGACCACUUAGCCACUACAACCCCUACCUCUCAGCUCAGCUCUACCACAGUCGUAUCACAAAAUAUAACUACAUCGCCCUCUGCUGCUGGGCAGCAGGAUAACAGCCAGCACCAGGGAGCUCCCGAUUUCAGUCAUGACAGACAGCUCAGGCUGCUCCUCAGUCAGCCUAUCCAGCCAAUGAUGCCAAACUCAUGUAGCACAAGAAGAUCAUCAGAUAGUGAACAUCAGUCAAGCAGAUUUUCACAAAGCCCACAAGUAUUUACAAGUUUAGAAGUGCAGACUUCUGUCAGCAAUCGUCCUAUUGUGCUAAUGGGUCAAGCGAUCUUACACCCCGGUUUUACAACACCACACACUACCCAACAACAGAAUAUCCGGCCUAUGCAAGUACAGCAGCCACAACAGCAGUUUGUCCAGGUGGCAGCAACAAGCACUUUACACAAAGAGCAACCCGAUGCUUUGAUCCUGCCCACUUACGCCCAGCAUCAAGCGUCUUUGGGACUACAGCAGCAGAUAACACCCAGAAGAACUAAUAGUCUCUCCAAGACAUAAAAUGGAAAGUCACAGGUAGCAAGCCUACUAAUCAUCAGCAGAAUAAUAAUCCAGCAUAUUCUGUUUCAUGUCCAAAUGUGCUUCUUCUCAGCAGGGGGUGUCACUAAAUUCACAAUGAAUUGAUCCUGAGCUACAUCGGCUGAAAGCAAUUGGGUUCAUUCCUUUUAGGGCUAAUUGGAGAGAUGGUUCUGAACCCACAGAUUGCUCUAUGUGGACACCAUUCUGUAGCAAGCAGUGCUUCUACUUGUGAUGUCCAUUAAGACAAAUAAUUCCUUUGUGUCAAGUUUUGAACAUCAAAGCUCAAUAUUUAGUAGAAUCUAGCAGUGCUUUGAGAGAGAACUGAAAACAUGCACAGCCUACAUUGUCUGUCUGACCAAAUAGAGCUGGUGGUACUGAAAACGAUGUCAUCAGCCCAAUAUCUGACAUCCUACGAUUUCAAUAUUUGUUCACACUGGAGUGUAUAUAUCCUUGGUCUUGUGCUUUUCUUCAUACCAACAGUUGCAGAUGCAUUGACCCAUCAGUUUGUAUGCUAAUAUGUACUUUAAAAAUGGAAUUAUCAAUUUUGAUCUGAUAUACUCCACAGAACUAGUUACAAGCCAGAUAUUCAAUUUUUUUUAUGUAUCUAAAAAUGAAAGUUUGUUUUGUUCAUUUGUUCUUCAUAGGCUCCUACAUGCAUUGUUGGAUCUCAACCAAACUUGGUACAUAUACUCUUCAUGAUGCAACAUAAAAUACUGGAGGGUUGUCAAGUCCAGCCGACAGGGUUUUGGAAGGGUCUAAUAAAGUAAUUGGUUUAAAUAUGACCCCUAAAAAACUAACCUGUUUGUUGCCCAUAGCAACCAUUCACAGCACAUCUUUCCUUUUUGCCUAUAGUAAUCAAUCAAUCUCAACCUGCCUCUCCCUGAGUGUUGGCAAAAAAUAUGGUCCUUUCUAAUUCAGCGUGGUAAUCUCUCUACAUAUGCUGUCUAAAAGACAAAUAGUUUGUAGCUCAUAGCAGCCAAUCAUAGCACAGGUUUCAUUUUACUACAGCACUUCUUACAAUACUGUAGACCUACCUUUACCAACCUGUGGCUCUCCACCUGUUGCAAAACUACAACUCUCAUAAUGCACUGAUGUUUGCAAGCUAUUGGGCAGUACAGAGAUCUCUCCCAUCAUCUAUUUAUCCCCAGGACUGUGACUGUGGUGAGGGGACAUCCUCUGCGUCUGGGGGAAAGAUGGUUUGUACACAAACAUAGAAGAGGAUUCUUUACGGUAAGAGCAGUGAGACUAUGGAACUCUCUGCCUGAGGAGGUGGUGAUGGUGAAUUCACUAAAAGAGUUCAAGUGGGGUCUGGGUGCAUUUCUCGAGUGGUUAUAGUUACUAGAGAGGGGUCGUUGAUCCAGGGAGUUAUUCUGAUUGCCUGAUUGGAGUUCUGAAGGCAUUUUCCCCCUAAAAUGAGGUAAAUUGGUUUCUUCCUCACAGGGUUUUUUGCCUUCAGUUGGAUCAACUUUGCAGGAUAACAGGCUGAACUGGAUGGACAGAUGUCUUUUUUCAGCCUUACAAACUAUGAUACUAUGUCACUAUGAUAGGAGUUGUAGGUUUGCAACAGCAUUGUAAAGAUGUAAGUACACUACAAUAUUGUAAAAAGUAAAGUAACCGCUGUGCUGUGAUUGGGAGCAACAAAUAGUUAGUAUUUUAGCCAACACAUGCAGGGGAGAUGAGAGGCAGAGUCAGAAGCAGCGCCUCAGCAGUUACAGUUACAUUAGUGCAUAAGAAGGAUGCUACAUCAUUGGGCAACGGGCAACAAAUGGUUCGUCUUUUAGACAGCACAUACAGGCUGGCUCGGAAUGGCCGUCAGGAGUACAGGUGAAUCCCCCAGUGGCCCCUAGUCUCCCACCUCCUGCACAAGUGGCACAUAACACAGUAGAUUUACUGCACUACAUACAUGUAUUCAAUGUACUGCACCUAAACCAGCCUAUGUUCAUAUAAAAAACUUGAUAGAUUAUUUAAAAAAAACGAUCACAGCUGAGUUUACUUCUAGGUAUAGAGGAAAGCUAGCCAGUAUCCUCUUCUACCCAGGACCUACCUCUCACAGUUACUGUAGAGACCCCCAUAUUCAAUCAUGUAGUAGCAUCUUGCUGCUGUGUGAGCAGGUAAUAUUUAAAUGUAUCUGUACGUUGUGCCCCCAAAAUAAAUUUUACAGGCGGGCCCUAGGUACCCCAGUCCGACACUGCAUACAUGGAGACUAGAGGCAAACUGGAAUUCAGGGGAGAUGUAAGAUCCAACAGACUCUAUGCAAAGGGGCUCUCACAAAACAGGUGUAAAGAUGUUUCCUCCAUGAACGGGCACCUUGGAUGGUAGCAGGUUUUGCAAAGUUUAUAGACAUAACCAAAUUGUUAGGAAGACCAUACACAUUCAAUAGCUGUUGGCCAAUCAGACAUACAUACGUGUAUGUGUAUUUAAUAGGUGGAGAGGAGAACGCCACUUUCAGAGACUUCUGACAGCGGUUUAUCUCCCAAGGGAACAGAAGAAUCCUACAAAAAUUUUGAUUUUGGACAAUUCCCCCCCCCCCCGACAUUAUAUAUAUAUAUAUAUAUAUAUAAAUACAUAUUAGACUGUGGGCCAAAUCUGCCGUUCUCGAUGGGUUCGGCCAACAAUACACUAAUGUGUAUAGGGGCCUGUAAAGAAAAAAACUAUUUUAAAAAUAAUUUUAAAUGGCUGAUGUUUUCUUUAUCUCUCUAAGUAGGCCAAACACAACAAUUUGUAUU